AUUUACAUUUGAUGGAUAUUUGCCCUCAUCUUGUUUGAUGACAAAUAUCCGUCAAAUGUAAAUAAUGUAAAUAAUGUGCAUAAUUGCUCAUCUCUUAAAUAUGGAACUGUAUAAUUUAGUCAUAUUUUUACUCUUCAUCAGGUAUCUGGAGGACGUGUAUAAAUGUGUUUUGAUUCCUAACAAUAAAUGUAAAAUGCCGCCUGACUGGCAGAAAAAUUACAAACAGUAUGCUUGCGAAAAUUCUUGUUAUGACAUUAAAAAACAAAAUUCGUUUAGUAUGACAGAUGAAGAGAAAUGCAACGAAUUGAACCACCAUAAGUCAGAAUUAGACAGAGCUAAUUGUAAUAUUCCAAAGGACAUAGAAAAAGAAUACAAGUCUUUAAAAUGUGACAUUCGUUGCAACAAAGCCAGACAGUGCUCCAUAACGAUACAAGAUUAUAGUACAAAGGAAAUUUGCAAAACACUGUCACUUCAAUUUAAAUGUAACGAAAAUGCUAAAUGUCCUACACCACAGAAUUUACGUGAUACAUACGCUCUUUAUGGGUGUGGUACCAGUUGCAAUGGUAAUGUACUCAAUGAAUGUGCGGCUACUUUAAAACGGCUACUUAACAGUACAAGGGAAGAACUAUGCGGAUAUUAUAGAGAAGAAGGCAGAUGUAAUGACAAAGCCAAGUGCAAGAUGGAAGAAAAAUAUAUGAAACUUUUUGAAUGUAGUGGCGCUGCAAAUCGGAGUACAAUGUUCGCCGUCAUAUUUUCGUUUUUAUUAGCAGUUCAGAUGCUAGAGAAAUAUAUUUCUCUUUCUUAAAGAUGAAUGUUAUUGAUAACAAGAGAUUUAUAUAUACAGUCAUAUAUAUAUAUAUAUAAAGCAUAUAUUGUUACACUUACGCGUCACUUUCGCAUAACUAUAAUUAUAAUCAAUUAGCUUUUACUUAGCCGUUAUCUCAUCUGUUGUUACAUGUUUCGACAUGUUCAACUGCAA